UUGUAAUUGACCACAUUUUGAGACAAUUCAGGGGUACUGGAUAAUUCUGCUCAAGGCACUCUAUCUGGGAAUAACUGCUUUAAACUUUAAGGGCCUGCCCAAAGUGUCACGUUUGUCUUCCAUGACACGUGAUGAUAUCAAAACUCAACUAUGACGUCAGUAUGUCAUUUUAUUGUAAUGACGUCACACUAGCUGUAACGUCUUCAGCAAUUUAUUUGGUCAAUAAUUUCACAGUGCAAGGACUGUAGUUCAAGAUGAACACCACGUUGUGGCAAAUGUCUGCUGCUUUGAAACCGUGUUUUUAGAUCUAUUAUGUGACGUUAUAGUAUACCAACUCGAUGAGGACAGAGUAGAGUCGCCUGUCAAAAUUGUGAAACGUCGUAUAAAUGAUCAUGAAAUAAAAUAAUGGCGGCAUGUUUAACAAUAUAAAAGGAUUAAAGUAUCCGCUGUAUGUUGAAUGUGUAAAAAAGUGAGAGAGAAAAAUAACGUUGUUUUUAGUCAGGCGAAAUGUUUACGCUACAGAGGGGUCCUUAUGUCACACGGAAAUCAAACGUCAUUGACCGAUGUUUGUUUUCCUCCCACCAACAGAAUGCCUGCUGAACGCAAGCGCUCAGUAAACAUGGACGAGAAAGACGUUUGUUCCACCAGCAGCAAGGACAAAGAGAAGGACAGAGAUGCGGAGAGGAAAGCGUCAGCGGCGGCCGCACCGCGGGACAAAACCAAAGACGAGGCUAAGAUGAGCGGCAAAAAGGAGGGCGGCAAAGAUGAGAAAAGGAAGCGACAGGAGGAGGAGAAGAAGAAGAAAGAGGAGAAGGAGCGGAAGAAGAAAGAAGAGGAGAAACAGAAGGCAGAGGAAGAGCAGAAGCAGAAGGAGGAGGAGGCAAAGAAGCAGCAGGAGGAGGAGGAGAAGAAGCAGAAGGAGGAGGAGGCCAAAAGGCAACGUGAGGAGGAAGCUGCUAUCCUGAAGGAACAGGAAGAAGGUCAGCAGCUGCACCAGGAGGCCUGGGAGCGCCACCACUGCCGGAAGGAGCUGCGCGCCCGCAACCAGAAUGCCCAGGAGAGCCGUCCGGAAGAGGCCUUCUUCAGCCGCCUGGACUCCAGCCUGAAGAAGAACACGGCCUUCGUCAAGAAGCUGCGCACGCUCACCGAGCAGCAGCGCGAGUCGCUCUCCAACGACUUUGCUUCGCUCAACCUCAGCAAGUACAUCGGCGAGGCGGUGGGCUCGGUGGUGGAGGCCAAGCUGAAGAUCUCGGACGUGGGCUGCGCCGUGCACCUGUGCUCGCUCUUCCACCAGCGCUACGGCGACUUUGCCCCGCUGCUCCUGCAGGCCUGGAAGAAGCACUUUGAGGCGCGCAAGGAGGACAAGGCGCCCAACGUCAGCAAGCUGCGCACCGACCUGCGCUUCCUGGCCGAGCUCACCAUCGUGGGCUUCUUCACCGACAAAGAGGGCCUGUCGCUCAUCUACGAGCAGCUCAAGAACAUCAUCGGCGCCGACCGCGAGACGCACACGCACGUGUCGGUGGUGAUCAGCUUCUGCAAGCACUGCGGCGACGACAUCGCCGGGCUGCUGCCCCGCAAAGUCAAGAUGGCUGCAGACAAGUACGGCCUGGCCUUCCCCCCCAGCGAGAUCAUCAGCGUGGAGAAGCAGCAGCCCUUCCAGAACCUGCUGCGCGAGUACUUCACCUCGCUCGCCAAGCACCUCAAGAAGGACCACAGGGAGCUGCAGAACAUCGAGAGGCAGAACAGGCGCAUCUUGCAUUCCAAAGGGGAGCUGAGCGAGGAUCGCCACAAGCAGUACGAGGAGUUUGCCACGUCCUACCAGAAGCUGCUGGCCAACACUCAGUCGCUGGCUGACCUGCUGGACGAAAACAUGCCAGAGUUGCCUCAGGACAAGAUCGUGCCGGAAGAACACGGACCCGGCAUCGACAUUUUCACCCCCGGCAAGCCCGGAGACUACGACCUGGAAGGCGGCCUCUGGGAGGACGAAGACGCUCGCAACUUCUACGAGAACCUGGUGGACCUGAAGGCCUUCGUCCCCGCCAUCCUCUUCAAGGACAACGACAAGGGCGGCGGACAAAGCAAAGACAAGGAUGAAGCCAAAGACGGCCGGGAGGCGAAGGAGGCCGCCGUAACCGCGGAGGAGCUGGAGCUAGAGCUGGAGGCGCUGGACAUCGCCGAGGAGCCUCUGGAAGCGGAAGGAGCCGACGAGGCCGAGAGCGACGAGCUGAGCAAAAAGCUCAUGGAUGAGCAGGAGCAAGAGGACGAGGAGGCCAGCACGGGGUCUCACCUGAAGCUGAUCGUGGACGCUUUCAUCCAGCAGCUGCCAAACUGCGUCAACAGAGACCUCAUCGACAAGGCCGCCAUGGACUUCUGCAUGAACAUGAACACCAAAUCCAACAGGAGGAAGCUGGUGCGCGCGCUCUUCACCGUGCCCCGGCAGAGGUUGGAUCUGCUGCCUUUUUACUCCCGCCUGGUGGCCACGCUUCAUCCCUGCAUGUCGGACGUGGCCGAGGACCUCUGCUCCAUGCUGAAGGGAGACUUCAGGUUUCACAUCCGCAAGAAGGACCAGAUCAACAUCGAGACCAAAAAUAAAACGGUCAGGUUUAUCGGCGAGCUGGCCAAGUUCAAGAUGUUCUCCAAGACGGACACGCUUCAUUGUCUCAAGAUGCUGCUGUCCGACUUCACGCAUCACCACGUGGAGAUGGCCUGCACCCUGCUGGAGACCUGCGGGCGCUUCCUCUUCAGGUCGCCCGACUCUCACCUGCGCACGAGCGUCCUGCUGGAGCAAAUGAUGCGUAAAAAGCAAGCUCAGCAUCUGGACGCGCGCUACGUGACCAUGGUGGAGAACGCCUACUACUACUGCAACCCGCCGCCGGUGGAGAAGACGGUGAAGAAAAAGCGGCCGCCGCUGCAGGAGUACAUCCGCAAGCUGCUCUACAAGGACCUGUCAAAGGUCACCACCGAGAAGGUGCUCAGGCAGAUGCGCAAGCUGCCUUGGCAGGACGCCGAGGUGAAGAGCUACCUGAUCUGCUGCAUGGUCAACAUCUGGAACGUCAAGUACAACAGCAUCCACUGCGUGGCCAACCUGCUGGCCGGCCUGGUGGCCUACCAGGAGGACGUGGGCAUCCACGUGGUGGACGGCGUGCUGGAGGACAUACGGCUGGGCAUGGAGGUCAACCAGCCCAAGUUCAACCAGCGGCGCAUCAGCAGCGCCAAGUUCCUGGGCGAGCUGUACAACUACCGUAUGGUGGAGUCGGCCGUCAUCUUCCGCACGCUCUUCUCCUUCAUUUCCUUCGGCGUCAACCAGGACGGCAGCCCCAGCUCGCUGGACCCCCCCGAGCACCUCUUCCGCAUCCGCCUGGUGUGCACGCUGCUCGACACCUGCGGCCAGUACUUUGACCGGGGCUCCAGCAAGAAGAAGCUGGACUGCUUCCUCAUCUACUUCCAGCGCUACAUCUGGUGGAAGAAGAGCGUGGAGGCCUGGACCAAAGAGCACCCCUUCCCCAUCGACAUUGACUACAUGAUCAGCGACACCUUGGAGCUGCUGCGGCCCAAAAUGAGGAUCGGCGCGUCCCUGGAGGAGGCCAGCAGGCAGGUGGCGGACCUGGAGAGAGAGGUGCUCGUCAAACUAGGCCUAGCCAUGGAGAAGGACGGCCGCUCCAGCGCCAUGAGCGAAGGCCCGGACGAGGAUGAGGACGACGAAGACGAGGAGGGCGGCGCCGAGACGGAGGAGCAGUCAGGCAACGAGAGCGAAAUGAACGAACCCGAGGAGGAUGAGGCGUCCGACAAUGAAGAGGAGGAGCGGGAGGAAGAGGAAGAGGAGAACACCGACGACCUGACCGACUCCAACAAAGAAAAUGAGACGGACGAGGAGAACAACGAGGUGACCAUCCGUGGCGGCGGACUCAAGCACGUGGCGUGCGCCGAGGACGAGGACUUCAUCCAAGCCUUGGACAAGAUGAUGCUGGAGAACCUGCAGCAGCGGAGCAGCGAGACGGUGAAGGUGCACCAGCUGGACGUGGCCAUUCCGCUGCAGCUGAAGAGCCAGCUGAGGAAGGGAGGCUCCGGCCAGCCGGCGUGCCUCGCCGAGCCCGAGGCCGACGUCUCCGACACCAUGCAGUUCGUCAUGCUCACGCGCAAGGGCAACAAGCAGCAGUUCAAGAUCCUGAACGUGCCGCUGUCGUCGCACCUGGCCGCCAACCACUUCAACCAGCAGCAGGCCGAGCAGGAGGAGCGCAUGCGGAUGAAGAAACUCACCCUGGACAUCAACGAGCGCCAGGAGCAGGAGGACUACCAGGAGAUGCUGCAGUCCCUGGCCCAGCGCCCGGCGCAGGCCAACACUAACCGUGAGCGCCGGCCCCGCUACCAGCACCCCAAAGGUGCCCCCAACGCCGACCUCAUCUUCAAGACUGGAGGAAGGAGACGCUGAGCGGUCGUCAGCUGAGCAAGCAACAGAGCGAAGGAUGAGCAAGAGGAGGGAGAAAUUUGGAGGGAACCCGUCCGUCCGUCCAUCCGGCGGCAGGUAGGAAGGGGGCAAGACCUCCAAAGAUGAUGCAGCGGGAGGGACAGAGCCCUCGUCCCCUGGCCCGGAGAGGACAGACAGAGCAAAGCAGAGCAAAGCGGCGGCCAGCCGGGGGGGCAUCCAAACGUUUUUCUUUUUGGCUGUUGACUGAGAUGACAAACUAAAGUAUUAAAAGUGGAAGAGACGCAUGCGCCUUCCGGCCGGCUGGCUGACCUCCACAAAACAGACAGUCAAGGCCUCGUGCUACAAAUCACACGACAAGACAAAAGAGAUGAAGGGAUUCCGUGGGUUUUCUUUUUAAGGGGGGCGGGGCACGCUCGGGAACGUCAUCCGUGCGGUGCAAAAGUAGCAGCGUGAGCAAUUUGCACUUGAAGGCGCUUUUGGGGCCCCUAGCCUACAACGGAACCCGGGCCGGACGACUUGCUUUCUUUUGCCUCGUGUCGACGUUGCAAUAUUCAUUCUGGCUUCACCUGUAAAGGCUCUCGUGCAUUUUUGCUUCCUCCUUCCAUUUCUGAAAAGUAGCAUGGACACGUUCAGUUGUGAGCGAG